AUGAAUAACAAUCAAGAUAUGGACACCCCGCGUCUUCCGGAUGAAGACGCUAUCGCGGUUUUCGAUGCCGUCAAAAAAGAUAUUUUCGAAAAACUCAAGGAAUUACGUCAUGAUGAUUUGAUUGCAAAGGAAGCUUCCUACGGUUGGAAUUAUUUCGGAAAAAUUGAAGUGGCGCCUGGGAAAUAUGUUCAUGCUAGAGCCCAUAAAUACCAUCAACAUAACCAACCAAUCGACUUCUAUAAUCUUGAUACUGGUGGUUUGGGUAACACUCAUGAUCUUAAAGUUGGCUGUAUUCGUACAUUAGAAGAUCCACUCGUUAUGUUGGAGUUGAACUUGUCCAAAAAUAAAGCGAAAAAAGUUCAUAAAAAGAAACGCAAGAGAAAGCAUUCCUCUAUCACAAAAUUAAGUGAGAAAGACCAAGUUGAACGUGAUUUAGAAGCGUUAGUCUUUGGUGUUGAUCACGAAACCUUGCGUCAUGAGGUAUUUGAACGCGUGGGGUGCGAGCACGUUUUGGAAGAACAUAAAGAUACCCACCCAAAAAUAAUUAAAGAUAAAACCGAAGAAAAUGAAGACGAGAGUAACAAACCAUUAUUUGUUAUUGAUAUACAAGGCAAUCGACCACAGAUCCAAAAGUCAAAUGAUCCAGUAUCAAAUAUAACUAGUAGUGAUAGUAGUGAAAAUAGUGAUCAAGAAAGCGAAGAGGAAGAAACCCUACAAAAAAUUGAUCGAGAAGAUUCAGAAGAUAAUGAAUUACUAAAACUUGGUAAACGCGCAUGGGAUGAUCCGGACGACAAGAGUGCUUAUGUUUCAUUAAACAGACAAGCAAGACUGAAAAAACUAAAAAAAACAGAAGAAGAAGAUGUUAUAUCUGGUGAUAAAUAUGAAAUUCGAUUAAGACAACAACAUGAGAAACUUCAUCCGACUCCAAGUUGGGCAACAUUACCAACAAAUCUUUUACCCCCUGAAGAAAUUAAGGUUAUUCGUGUGAAAGAUGCUAAUCGACAAGCUUAUUCUCAAUGUGCUGUUCAAUCAGUUAGUUUUCAUCCUAAUGCGCAAAUGCUAAUGACUGCUGGCUUCGAUAUGAAUCUUCGACUAUUUCAGAUUGACGGUAAAAUCAAUCAAAAAAUUCAAUCGGUAUAUAUUAAAGAUAUGCCGAUUUUUCAUGCGGAAUUCAAUUCAACUGGUACAGAGAUUAUAGCUUCCGGUCGACGACCAUUCUUUUACGUUUACGAUAUCGAAGCCGGUCACAUUGAAAAAUCCAAUCGAAUUCACGGACGACAACAAGACAAGUAUGAACAUUUCCGAGUUUCUCCGUGUGGUCGGUAUAUCGUUUUUGUUGGGCGUGACGGAUUCCUGAAUUUGAUCAGUUAUCAGACAAAGCAAUGGAUUGCCAAUAUGAAAAUUAAUAGUUGGGUUAAUGGGGUUGAUUGGUCGGGUGAUGGCAAAUAUUUGUAUUCGGUUGGUUCGGAUGCAAUGGUCCAUCAAUGGGAUGUGGGUACGAGGAGAUGUGUUCAUCGAUUCAAAGAUCAUGGUGGAUUCAAACCAACCUCGAUUGCUGUGUCGAAGGAUGAUGAAUAUCUUAGUAUUGGUUCCCGUUCGGGAAUCGUAAAUGUUUAUGAUAAAUCAUGUUUAACUUCCAACAAUCCAUCACCACUUAAAGCAAUUUCAAACUUGACAACUGCAAUCCAUCAUACAAAAUUUAACCAUGAUUCACAGAUUCUGGGAAUUACGAGUAAUUCCAAAAAGGGGCAGUUGAAAAUGGUCCAUCUUCCAUCUUUAACUGUCUUCAAGAAUUGGCCGGCUUCCACAACACCACUGGGUUACGUUGAAUCCUUUGAUUUUUCACCCAAUAGUGGGUACAUGGCAAUAGGUAACGCGAAGGGUAAAGUACUCUUGUAUCGAUUAAGGCAUUUUGCAUCUGCAUAA